UCCCUGUGCUCCCAUCCCUGCUACUUUUGCUUCCUUCUGCAGAUCUUAUUCCCAUAUACGUCGACUGAAACCCACCACCCCCGGAUUUCCACGUAAUAUCCCGACGAAUCAGAACUAACCAAGAAAACUCACAAUGUCCGGUGCUGCUCCACAAAACAACAGACCUCAAAGAAGGGGUCCUCCAAGAAGAAACAACAGACAAACCGAAGAAAAGGCAUGGGUUCCUGUCACCAAGUUAGGUAGACUUGUGUCCGCCGGUAAGGUGACCUCGAUCGAGCAAAUCUACACCCACUCCUUGCCAAUCAAGGAGUACCAAAUCGUCGACCACUUGUUGCCAAACUUGCAAGAAAAGGUCAUGGCCGUCAUCUCUGUUCAAAAGCAAACCAGAGCUGGUCAAAGAACCAGAAUGAAGGUCGUCAUGGUCCUUGGUGACAACAACGGUCACGUUGGUUUGGGUGUCAAGGCUGCCAAGGAAUUGGCCAACGCCAUCAGAGGUGCCAUCAUCAUCGCCAAGUUGUCCAUCAUCCCUGUCAGAAGAGGUUACUGGGGCUCCAACUUGGGUGCUCCUCACACCAUCGCCAACAAGACCUCUGGUAAGUGUGGUUCCGUCAACGUCAGAUUGAUCCCAGCUCCAAGAGGUUCCGGUAUUGUUGCUUCCCCAACCGUCAAGCAAAUGAUGCAAUUCGCAGGUCUUGAAGAUAUCUACACCACUUCUUCCGGUUCCACCAGAACUGCUGAAAACACCUUGAAGGCUGCUUUCGCUGCCAUCGGUAACACCUACGGUUUCUUGACUCCAAACUUAUGGAAGGAACAUGCUGUCCAAGCUUCUCCAUUGGACCUUUACGCCGACUCCUACGGUAAGAAAUAAGUCUAGUUAACCCUGUAUAAUUUUAAACUACUUAAUUUUAUAUACCUAAUCAAAACUUAUCAAGUCUCCAAC